AUGUCAUCUGGUAGAACUACACAAGAUAAAGCAGUGGAAGAUGAUGAGAUCAAGCAAUACUUUGAUUGCAGGUAUUUGUCGUCGUGUGAAGCGGUGUGGAGAAUCUUUCAAUAUGAUAUCCAUCAUAAAUGGCCGCCUGUUCAGAAGCUCACAUAUCAUUUGCCUAGGAAGCAAGUUGUGUUGUUUAAGGAAAAUGAAGCAAUUGAGGAUGUACUUAGGAGGAAUAUAGUUAAGAAUAGCAUGUUCUUAGCGUGGAUGGAUGCAAAUUGUAAGUAUGUACAUGGUAGACAGUUGACAUAUGUUGAGUUUCCAGAAUUAUUUGUUUAUGAUCCAAAGAGCAAGUCAUGGCAUCCAAGGAAACAAGGUGUAUCUAUUGGUCGAAUGAGUUUCGUCCCGCCUGGCACAGGUGAGUUGUACUACUUGAGAAUGUUGUUGAAUGUACAAAGGGGAUGUACGAAGUAUGAAGAUUUGAGAUCAGUGAACAAUAAUGUACAUGAUACUUUUAGAGGUGCAUGUGAGGCUUUGGGAUUGUUGAAAGAUGAUCGGGAAUUUAUUGAUGGUAUACUUGAUGUGGCUACAUUGGCUGGUGGGGCUUACACGAGAGCCUUGUUUGUUUCAUUCCUUUUGCCAAAUUCCAUGUGUAAUCCAUUGCAUGUAUGGAAUGAGACUUGGCAUGUUUUGGCUGAUGGAAUUGCUUAUGAUUUGCAAAGAAAGCAUAACAAUAGAGAGUUGGUAAUUUCGGAUGAACAAUUGAAAGAUUUAUGCUUAAUGGAGAUAGAGAAAGUGUUGAUGAUGAAUGGGAAAUCACUUAAAGAUUUUUCCAAUAUGCCCCAGGUUGAGCAAAGUACUCUAAACCAAUAUGGUAAUGUUCUACUAUUCAAUGAGUUCAACUUUGACAUUGCCGAGAUGAAUCGAUUGCAUGCUGAUUACUUUCACAAGUUAAAUAGUUGUCAAGUUGAAGUGUAUGAGGAAUUAAUUUCUGCAGUAUAUAAGGGUGAUGGUGGGUUUUUCUUUGUCAAUGGACAUGGUGGUACGGGGAAAACAUUCUUGUGGAAAACUUUAACUUUUAGGUUAAGAUCAGAAAAAAAAAUCAUACUCAAUGUUGCUUCAAGUGGCAUAGCUUCUCUCUUACUUCCAGGUGGUCGGACUGCACAUUCUCUUUUUUGCAUUCCUCUAAAUGUUAAUGAGGAUUCAGUAUGUGGAAUCGUUCAAGGUAGUCCAAAAGCUGAAUUACUUCAGUCAACCAGUCUUAUUAUUUGGGAUGAAGCACCAAUGGUGGUGACACUAUCACAAAACAUGCGUUUGCUUUCUAAUCCAAAUGCUUCAAAUGUUGAUGAUACUAGAGAAUUUGCCAAGUGGGUGCUAGAUGUUGGAGAUGGUAACUUGGGAGAGUAUAAUGAUGGUGAAUCUGUGAUUAGAGUGCCAAAUGAAACAUUGAUUCUCCAGUCUUCUAAUCCUGUGAGUGACAUUGUAUCCUCAAUGUAUCCAAAUAUCCAACAGAAUGUUGGUUGUGUGCAGUAUUUUCAAGACAAGGCUAUACUUGCUCCAACUUUGGAUGCUGUUGAUAUUGUUAAUCGAUACACGUUGUCUUUAUUCAAUGCCAAGGAGAGGACUUAUUUAAGCUCUGAUUCAAUAUGGGGUGUUGAUGAAGAGGUUACCAUUGAAUCGGAUUGGCUUACAACUGAAUUUCUUAAUGAUAUCAAAUGCUCAGGUAUUCCCGACCAUAAGUUGGUUCUCAAAGAAGGUUCUCCUGUUAUGCUAAUGCGAAAUCUAGAUAUAUCUGCUGGUUUGUGCAAUGGCACUAGAUUGAUUGUUACACAUCUUCGACCAAAUGUUGUUGGAGGGACUAUUAUUUCUGGCACUCAUGCUGGAAAGCAAACCUUUAUUGGUAGAAUGAAUUUGAUACCCACUGACCAGAACAUACCAAUUAGGUUCCAAAGAAGACAAUUUCCUCUUCUUUUGUCGUUCGCUAUGACUAUUAACAAAAGCCAAGGUCAGACAUUGUCACAUGUUGGUGUUUAUUUGCCAAGUCCUGUUUUUUCACAUGGGCAAUUGUACGUUGCUGUUUCUCGUGUAAAGACAAGAGCAGGUCUCAAGAUUAUUGUAUGCAAUGAGGAUAUUACAAAAAGAGAUGUGACGAAAAAUAUUGUGUAUAAGGAGGUUUUUCAAAGAAUCUAUAGUUAA